AUGCAGAGCACGGACUGUAUCGUGCCCAGUGACGAGCAGCUGGAGGCGCGGUUUCGUCUGAAUAUGUCGUGGCAGAAUGUGACAGGUUUUGAAUUUGCAGUCAGCUUGUGGGUGGAUGGCAGUUCAUUACGUUGCAGUGCAACAAGCCAUCCAGCUCUGCGCCAGGUGCAGCGAUGUCCCAGCUCAUAUUCUUUUAAGAAGGCCAGCACGGAAUGGUCUAACAUGGUGUAUCCCGGAUGGGGUGAAGACUGGGUGAAAGCAGUUGUUAAGUGCGAUGGGAUCAUCUUUUCGCCCGUGUUUGCAGUCAGGCCGCCUUACCCAAGCUGA